AAAUGGAGAGAUGGGAAGAGGAGUUUGGAGGUUACUUCGGGAGAAUAUCAGGACGCAACCGAGGCUGAACCCGACGUCUUGACGCAAUCAAUGUGCGACGACAACUUCGGUUGUUGAUUCUCUAUAUCGUGGUUAGUCGAUAUUUCGGAGCCAAGGAGACCACAGUGAUGUUACUGUUCAAUACAGUCUACCCAUCUCUGAGGAACGCUCAGUACCUGCCAUGUUCUAGUCUGCUGUCAUAUCAUUAACCUCCAUGGUGGUUAAGGCUUAAGAACAAUUUACUUUGAACACAACGAAAGUACUGUAGAGAAGAAUACCUAGAGGGAAUAAAAACCAAAGAGAGAGCAAACCACAACACCUAAAAUUCAGAGGACCAAAGGGGAGGAAAGGACAGGAGUGCGGAGAGAGGGUGUUGGGGAUGGGGUUGAAGAGCCAAAGGAGGACGUCAUGGUUCACAGCGGCUCUGCAUCCCCAAUGAAAACAACAUCGUCAGUAUCACCUCAUUUAACUGUUCCUGCUACAGCACCUCCUCUGCAAGCACUUCCUAUAGUAAUUCCUCCAGUUGAUACUACAGAUCAAGACCUAACCCAGACCCCUGCCAAAUUCCACACCACAGACCUUACCUCCAACUCAGACUUGAUCCAGCCCUCGACUCCGACUCCUGCUGAUGCUGAGCCUCCUGUUGUAACCAAGACAAAAGCACUUCCUUCUAACUCAUGCCCAACAUCAUCCUGGUCCUCUGCACCAGCACCAACACCUGCUCAGGGCCCAGUCAAUGGCCGUACAUCAGGCAGGAAGAGGACACCCAGGGCCUGUGACUGCUGUGGCCCCAACAGUACAGGACACAAUGUCAGAACCUCUAACAGAGGGAGGGGAAGGGGGAGAGGGAGGGGGAGAGGAACGGGGGCCAGUAGUCACCUCUGGGACACCCCAAAAAGCAAAGUGGGUGGCCAGCUGAUGCAUAUUAAGAGUUUUGAUUUGACCAAGGAGGAGGCGGAGGAAGCAGAAGAUGGAGAUAUGAGAGACGAGAAGGUCCAAACAACUGCAGUAGUGGCUGACAGUCAGCUACAAACGUCUGUUUCCCUCCCUGUCACUGGCCACCUGCAGGAUGGACCAAUAAGGAACCAUACUGUGCCGGAAACGGAGGACAUGUUGAUGGAGGAGUCAGGUGUUGCUGGUGCAGGAGGGAAAGGGGAUUUAGAUGACAUGGAUUGGGAAAAGAGGUUUUUGGGAAUGGCAAGUAGGGGAGCAUCAGUAGUUAAAGGACGAGGGAGGGGAGGUAGAGGAGAGGUGGGAGCUACGUUUGCAUCAAAAAUGGGAGUAGAAGGUGGAAUAAAGAGGGGAGGUUUAGGUGGUGUUGUCAACAGCCCUAAAACAUAUGCCCUACCUCGAUUAGGGUUUAUGCAGAGGCAGUGGCCAAACAAAGAUGCACAUUUGGACCAUGGAGAGCACCCUGACCUCAGCGCAGUUAAAUCUCCUGUUGGAAAUGGAGAUACUGUAAACCUAUCUGACACCGAACCUGAGGAGGAGGUGAAGGAGGAUAACAUGACGGAAAUGGAAAAUGGACUGUCCUCUGUCUCAUGGCAGUCAGGUCCUGCUUCAGGGUCAGUAUCACCCCAGGACCUCGACUCUGAGAUGCAGGUGGACCUUUGUCCUGACAAAACAGACUCCAUGUCUGCACCAGUAACUCUGUCCAACGGAAACAUCAACACACCAACAAAUGAGGACCACUGCUCCACACUGAUGGAGGUGGAAACUUCUCUUCCAGCUACAGUUGCUCCUCAAUGCGAGGGGCCUGUUGCAGUAUGCAGUAUGCAGCACCGCUGGGCAUUAAGAGACCACAGGCUGUACUGUCAGCCUGGCACCUGGGAGAAGGAGGAGAUGGAAGAAGAGUUGGACAAAACUGAUGGAAAGAUACAGGAUGAGGAAGAAAGCCAGGAGCAGCUUACUGAUCUGAUCCACGAGUUUAUGGAGAGCUUCUACAUGAAGUAUGGCAGUUUCAUUCCUAUCAGUGAGACUGAUGUCCUGGAAUACCUGAAGAAGAAAGGCAAUUCUGAAACCAGCAACAGGGGACUGGACAUCAAAAGGGAGAUGACUCGGUAUCGGGCGGGGCUGGCCUCUGCUCCAAUUGCAGGCUUCAUGGUUACGUAUAACAAACACACCCUGGGCCUGGAGGACCUUGGCACGCUGGAGGAACAGAACUGGCUUAAUGACCAGAUUAUCAACAUGUAUGGAGAACUCAUCAUGGAGGCGACACAACACAAGGUUCAUUUUUUCAACAGCUUUUUCCACAAGCAGCUGGUUGCCAAGGGUUAUGACGGUGUGAAGAGAUGGACUAAAAAAGUUGACCUGUUCUCCAAGUGGCUGUUGCUAAUUCCCAUCCAUUUAGAAAUCCACUGGUCUCUUGUCACGGUCACCAUGGCGACCAAAACCAUCAGUUACUAUGACAGCCAAGGCAUUGUCUUCAGACACACCACAGAUAACAUUAUGAAGUACCUUUUGUCUGAAGCCAGAGAGAAGAAACAGACCGCUUUCCAGAAAGGCUGGAAAAUUACGAUCAUUAAGGGUAUUCCUCAGCAGAAAAAUGACAGCGACUGUGGAGUUUUUGUCCUCGAGUACUGCCGUUGUCUGUCUGUGAAGCAGCCUCUGCGGUUCAGCCAGGAGGACAUGCCUCGCAUCCGCAAGAGAAUCUACAAGGAGCUGUGUGACUGCCGCCUCAACGAUUGAAUGGCUGAAUGAUGGUCGCCCUUGCACACUGGCUGCUUGCCAGGUUACAUGAGAUGGUCUGUCCAAGUCUGUCAGACAGACUGUUACAUAAGCUAACAUAACAUAUUCCAGUGAGCCCAACUGCCUGUCUGACCGACAGCGGAGUUGCUGAUCGCUUGGAAUUCUGGUGACCUUUGGAGCUCAAUAACCGGCCUGUAGCUAAGCAGAUUUUUACUUGCAAACUUGCAAAGAACUACUGACGUGGCCCCCUACUGACCCACACAAAAUGCUGGACCCGUAACCAUGUCGUCGUUUUUGCGUCCUGCGUUUACCAUCCCCAGCGGAUUUCAACCAAAUGGCCAAACAGCCGCCUUUAAGGACACGAGGGGGCUCUUACAUGGACUUCCCACGCAGGCAAUGGACCAGCCUGGACCAACGGGUUGGACGUUCCAUCCCAAGUGGAGUGGCCUUACCUCCUGCACGGCCAUUUUAACCUGAAUGACACUUUUUAACUGUUAAUUUUUUGCUGGACUUUGCAGCAAUAUCGUUCUUACAGUUAUAUGCGUGUUUUCUAACAUGUUAAUGAAGCUAGGAUGUGAGAUUCAGUGGACCAACCGUUCACUUAAAACUUGAAGGUUUGAGUUAGUUAUUAUGUCUUGGACUUCAGAUAUUUGCACGGUUAGAGGCCUACCCAUUGAAGAGUCAACUGAAUGUACUGAUCUCGUAUUCUUCCUGACUGCCUCGCAGGCUGGAGGCUGAGCACCGGACAGGCUUUUGGCACGUUUUGGCUCUGGCCUGAAACAGGGAUAUCAUUUUUCAAGGUAGUUUUUGUUUAAUUGAUUCUGUUCUUGACACCUUACUCCAAAUCAUUUCCUACUAUAAUUCCAGUUUUUCCAUCACAUUAUUUCUUGCUUUUUUUUUUUAUUUUAAUUUGGUUUUGUUUGCUGUGAUCACAUCCUUGUAGUAGGUUUUGCACAAGCAUUUUUCCAGCCAUUUCAGCUGAAAGCCAUUGUCCAAUAUUACUUUUCAUUUGAGUUGAGUUGAGUUGAAAACAGCUUCUCAUGCUGGAUAGUAAAGUUCAUGUUAAGCUGUACAACUAGCUGCUGAUGUGAGGACCACCGUUUUUGAUUUCAGCCAAGCAGUUUCUCCAUUGUUGACAUUAUAUAUCAUGAUGGCUUCCUGCUUCACAUGGAUGCAUUAACACAGUUAUGGUUACAGAGUGGUCUCCUAACAGAGAAACAAGUGGACCUCAGCUGUUAUCUUCUGUCCAACUUGGAUUUUGUUGUUAUAUUCACUUUUGUGUAUUUACAGAUUGUACUUUUACUGGCCUACUACUGUACAUGCUUGCUUUGGCUAAAAACCACAAUUGGUUCUGAACUGUUUUUAUUGUUGUUAUUAAAAAGCCGAUACUGCUGGGAA